UAUUCAAUAUAAUGGCUUCAAAUGUUGAAUUCACUUGCUUUGUUCGUGGUCUUGAUCAGAACACUGAUGGAAACGAUCUUAAGAACAUAUUUUCAAAGUUUGGCAACGUGAUCGAUUCUUAAAUCAUUUACGAUCAUGUGACUGGAAAAUCAAGAAGAUUUGGAUUUGUUACUUUCGAGGAGGAGAAAUCCAUGAGAGAUGCCAUUAAGGAAAUGAAUGAUUAUAGUAAGAAAAAAGAUUGGGUUCCAGUGUUUUGUUCACGGUCUGGAAUGUGAUACUGAUCCAAAGUGUCUUCACAAUGAACUUUCUGAUGGCGAAAUCAUCGAUUCAAUAUUGAGAGAUGCUCUUAUGGAUAUGAACGGGGAUGAGAUCGACGGUUCUCAAAUCAACGUCGAAGAGUCUCGCAGCAAAUGUGUCAAUGUUGGAUCCAUCAUUGU